CGAAACUAUUGGCAAAUUGCCAAUUGGUCCUUUGCUUGACGAAAUAUUUGGUCUCCUGAAAUUCACACAAUCUGUUUGCUCCGAUGGAAAACUCAAAGCAUCUCACUUUCCCCGGUUGGUAUUCAAAAGCGUAGUUCUCAUCUUCGUCAUAUUGAAGGGGCAACUAAAAUUCCUGAAGAAAUUGCAGAGAAGGUACAAAUAGUGAAGAGAACAUGGGUAAUCUUUUCUGUUGUGUACAAGUUGAUCAAUCCAAAGUAGCUAUAAAGGAAAAAUUUGGUAGGUUUGUGGAAGUUCUUGAGCCAGGAUGCCAUUGCCUCCCUUGGUUUCUUGGGCAUCAGAUUGCUGGUCAUCUCUCUCUUCGUUUGCAGCAAUUGGAUGUGCGCUGUGAGACCAAGACAAAGGACAACGUAUUUGUCAACGUCGUUGCAUCUAUUCAAUAUCGUGCUCUGGCAGACAAAGCAGAUGAUGCCUUCUACAAACUCACCAACACAAGGUCUCAAAUCCAGGCCUAUGUUUUUGAUGUGAUUAGAGCUAGUGUUCCAAAGCUCAACCUGGAUGCUGCCUUUGAGCAAAAGAAUGAAAUUGCAAAAGCUGUGGAAGAAGAGCUCGAGAAAGCUAUGUCUGCUUAUGGUUAUGAGAUUGUACAAACGCUCAUUGUUGACAUAGAACCAGAUGAGCAUGUGAAACGGGCAAUGAACGAAAUCAAUGCUGCUGCAAGAAUGCGCGUGGCAGCUAAUGAGAAGGCAGAGGCAGAGAAGAUUUUGCAAAUUAAGCGGGCUGAGGGUGAGGCCGAGUCCAAGUAUCUCUCUGGGCUGGGUAUAGCUCGCCAGCGUCAAGCAAUUGUAGAUGGUUUGAGAGACAGUGUGCUGGGCUUCUCUGUCAAUGUUCCAGGGACUACUGCAAAGGAUGUCAUGGACAUGGUCCUUGUGACUCAGUAUUUUGACACCAUGAAGGAAAUUGGCGCUUCCUCUAAAUCCUCUGCCGUGUUUAUUCCCCAUGGACCUGGUUCUGUCCGUGAUGUAGCUUCUCAGAUUCGUGAUGGACUUCUUCAGGGUUCUCACCAGUAGUUCGGAACUUCUACAAGUUUUUCAUUUCUUAUCUGCAAGUCUUUUUUUUGCUUCAUCCCAAGGUGUUCUGUUUGCUAUAGUUUUGUUUCAUGGUUUCAUUUAAUUGUUCAAUACUGCCACUGUAUACUUGUGGUGAGCAUAUAAUGAUCGUAUACAAUGAGUGAAUUCUUCUUGCUUGAACUUGAUUCUUGUACAGUUUCACCUUUUAAGUGUGUAGACGACUGAAAAGUGUAUGAAUUUCUUCACAAAAAAGAAUCCUAUUUGUUCAUUA